ACAAUUCAAUUAACCGAUCCCACAAAAACAACACGCAAUGGCUUUUAAGUUUGUGUUAUUCGCCGCCGUCGUUACUAUCGCCAGAGCCGGAAUCAUCGGUUCCCCAUUGGCCGCCGCCCCACUUGGUUACUCCGCUCCACUGGCUACCCCAGUAGCUCGUCUGGCUUCUCCUCUCGCUUACUCCGCUCCAUUGUCUUACGCCGCCCCAGUCGCCCGUGUCGCCGCCCCAUUGGCCUAUUCCGCUCCAGUCGCCAAAACUGUAGUACAAGAAGAAUACGACCCCAACCCACAAUACUCCUUCGGAUACGAAGUGCAAGAUGCUUUGACCGGAGACAGCAAGGGACAAGUUGAGACCCGUAACGGAGACGUAGUGCAAGGAGCUUACGCCGUAGCCGACCCCGAUGGUACCAGACGUGUUGUAGAAUACACCGCCGAUCCAAUCAACGGAUUCAACGCCGUAGUUCGCAAGGAACCUUUGGCCGCCAAGGCUUUAGUAGCUGCCCCAGCUGUAGCCAAGAUCGCCGCCCCUCUAGCUUAUGCCGCACCAGCCAUUGCUAAAGUGGCUGCUCCAAUCUCCCCAUUAGCUUACUCUACCUCCGUAUACCACUAAGUUAGUUACAUUAUGUUAAUGUAAAUAUUUAUUUAUUUCAAUAUUUCAAUAAACUGCAAAUAAAACACCA